AUUUUAUCUAUGGUUUUUAGUCGAAAAAUUAUUUUUAUUCAGAUAUGUCAGAUGAAGUAGCUUUAGCUCAAACUGCCAAGGCAGGCGGAGAUACAAUUUUUGGGAAAAUUUUACGUAAAGAAAUUCCAUGUGAAUUUCUAUACGAAGAUGAACAAUGUGUAGCUUUCAAAGAUGUUAAUCCACAAGCACCGGUUCAUAUUCUAGUGAUACCUCGCAAACCAAUUAGCCAGUUAUCAAAAUCAACCGAUGAGGAUGAAGCUGUUUUAGGACAUUUGUUAGUUGCUGCUCGCAAAGUUGCUAAACAAGUUGGAAUUGACGAAACUGGAUAUAGACUUGUAAUCAAUGAUGGUAAAAAUGGAGCUCAAUCUGUUUUUCAUUUGCAUAUUCAUAUCUUAGGUGGUAGACAAAUGCAAUGGCCACCAGGAUAAUUUUCAUUUAUACUAUUUUUCUUUGUAAUUAGCACACUAUUUAAUUUGUGCUUUAAUAGUUCUAAAUAAAAAUUUUGUGGAUAAUAAA